AUGACGUCUUGGCUUGGCACUAUAGACUGUAAUACUGUAAAAAAACUCGACAACCAGCAGAUACUUAUUCAUCCGUUGUUCUUGUUCUGGCUCAACAGCUACCUUAAACAAAAUCAAAAUGAGCUCCCCAGCACCUUAGGAGCGGCGUACGGAACCGCGAAAGCAGGAACAGGAAUCGCAGCGAUGUCAGUGAUGCGACCUGAGCUGAUCAUGAAGUCGAUUAUUCCUGUGGUCAUGGCGGGUAUUAUCGCCAUUUACGGGCUAGUAGUCGCUGUGCUUAUCGCUGGAGGACUCAGUGAACCCUCUGCGGGGUACUCUUUGUAUAACGAGAGCUUGGAUUUUUUACCAAGUAGCCAAAUGUAG